GAAGUGUGAUCUCUGUUCCAAGGAAAAUCACCCAAUCCGACUCUGCCCGCGCUUCCUCCAAAUGGACGUUGAAGCACCUUCUAGCUGCAUGAAGACGAAGCAGUUGUGCUUUAACUGUUUCGCACGAGGUCACCAGCUACGAGAGUGUACGAGCGCCCACAAUUGCGUCACGUGUGGAGCCCGUCACCACACGCUGCUGCAUCGCGGUACUCCAGCAUCCCGUGAGUCGUCCACAUCCGUACCCAAUUCCACAUCCGUACCCAAUUCGACAGCUUGGCCAGGCCCAAGCUUACCAGUACAUACCACACAGAAUUCAGGUUUAUCCGAACCUCAGUCUCAUUUCCAGAUAUAUUUUACCUCCAUACUCCGUUCCGUAAACAACCUGUAGAUUUGUUACGAACCUGUUUUGGUGUUGGGGCAAGGCCGGCUAGCCAGUCAUCCCAGGGCUGAGUUCUUCCCAGGCCCCCAGAUCGCACAACAAACCAACUGUUCGGACA